AUGGCUCCAACGCCGCCGUCAGCAGGUUCGCCGAGUCACGAUGAGAGGACGAGGCGGAAUGUGGCGUGUGUCAACUGCCGCAACUCAAAGGUCCGGUGCAGGUCGAGCCCAGUCUCCGGUCAGCCGUGCCAGAGAUGCGCCAAGUUGGACAUUUCAUGUGUCGUCGACAAGACUCAUAAGCGCAUCACAAAACGGAGCAAACUGGAGCAGCUGGAACAAGAACUCAGGAGCAUCCAAAGAGUCGUCAACACCAAGAACACCAUCGCCGCCAACGGCGAAUCAGCCUGGUCGCCUCCCAGCCCCCUGACGACCUUCUCCGCAGCGCCGUCAACAUCAGACCAGGCCACGCCCUCCACCAGCGCAAAGCCAGCUCGCCCCCCUUUGUCCAUCCAGAUCCAAGGCCCGCCGCCUCGACCCCCCGAGAAGAGACAGACCAAGACCGGGCCUACAGAGGCUCGCGUCCUCGACUCCCUCAUCAUUCCCGGCCAAGACGUCGACUACUACUUUAGCAAAAACGCCGGGGCCAGAUACCUCCAGCACUUCCACCCCUUCCUCCCCAUCCUCCGCAAAAAGGACCCCGACGAAUGCUUCCAAGCCCAGCCCAUGCUCUUCUGGGCCGUCCUCUACGUCGCCGCCCGCCGCUACGCGCGAGACGCCCACGUCUUCGGCGCCCUCGUCAGCCACAUGACCAAGAACCUGUGGACCAUGAUCUCGGGCGCCGUCCUCGGCGUCGACGAGAUCCACGCCAUCCUGCUCGUCUGCGCCUGGCCCUACCCGACCAUCCGCUUCGUCACGGACCCGUCGUCUAUGCUCGCCUCCAUCGCCAUGAACGCGUGCGUGUCGCUGGGCCUGCACACGGGGCGCGGCUCGCAUCCGCAGUUUUGCGUGGGGAGCAGAACAUCCGCAGCCGCAGGCCACCCGCCCCCCUUCAUCCAGCACAGCGACACCCGCUGCAAAGCCGCCCUCGCAUCAAACUACUGGGCCGACCUCGUCGCGACGUACGAGCUGCAGCGCUUCCUCAAUCGCUUCCACAUGGCCAUGCACGCGCAGACGUCCACCGUGGGCAGCGUCCCGGACAGCGCCGUGGCGGCCUGGGAGACGGAGUUUGAGAUGCUCAAGCCCGCCAUCAUCCGCUUCGACACCGAAAUGACACGCAUCCUCACGCUGGCCGCCCAGCUCGAAAUGCAGCUCUUCUACUUCAUGUCCCCUUCUUCCAUCACCCCCUCCAACAACAACCUCACCACAAACCCAACAUCCACCACCACAAACCCUCCUCCUCGUCAUCCUCAGCCGCACACAUCCUCCUCCUCCACCGCACCACCACCGCCACAACACCCUCCAUCGCCAACCCCAGCCCAAACCCCGUCCUCCAACCCGUCCCUCCACAUCAACGCCCUCAAAGCCUUCUCAACAGCCCGCUCCCUCAUCCUCACAGCCCUCGACCUCGACGCCCGAAGCAAAUUCAUCGCCCACUGCCCGGGCCUCUUAUGCCGCGCUCUCACCGACGCCGCAAACACAAUCGUAUACCUCCUCCACUCCCACUGGGGGCCCCUCUCAUCAUCAUCAUCCGACACCCUCAACAAUCUCGAAUCUCACCACCACCACCACCACAACAACAACAACAACUCCCCCCACGACACCACCACCACCACCAGCAACAGAACAACAACCCUAACCCCCGAAGAAGCAUCCAUCCUCGCCCAACAAUCCUACACAGCCAUCCUCCGCUGCUCCGUCAAAGAAUCAGACAUAUGGUACCGCGCCUCCGUCAUCCUCGAAACAUUCUGGUCCUUCCGCCGCUACGUCCCCAGAUUCGACUCCGUGCCCCCGUCGUGGGUCAGCCGCGGCGGCGCCGGCAUCACAUACGCCUGUCUUGAAAAAUUCAAAAACGGACUGCUCACCGCGCAGAAGAGCACCGAUGGCGUCGAUAAGUGCCUUGAGAUUAUUCAGUUUCGCGCAGAUCAGGCUUCGGGUUCCAAUACCGUUGCCCAGCAGCAUCAGCCAAUGACCAACAAUGUGCCGGCCAGCGAUCCCUUCCAAGACGUGGAUUGGUCCAUGUUCAUGGACGAUUUUGGCUGGACGGGCGAGGACGGCGUCUUGAUGAGCCUCAUCUAA